AUGGCACCACAAGACAUCAACCGCGGUGUCCCUAACAUCGACUACUUCACACCAGCACAUAUCGUCUCCCCUGGGUCGGUCGUGCCAGACGUCAAAUCUGAAAAGCCGACUCCAACACUCUUCAAGCCCCUUACCAUCCGUGGAACAACUCUCCGCAAUCGCGUCCUCGUAGCACCAAUGUGCCAGUACAGCACUGCACCCGACGGCCCCCAGAUUGGCGCUCUGACAGACUACCACGUCGUUACGCUGGGUCACUAUGCGCUCAAAGGUGCCGCCCUUGUCAUGGUCGAGGCUACAGGUGUCCAGGCCAACGGACGGAUCUCGCCAAACUGCCCAGGACUCUGGAGUGAUGCUCAGAUCCCGGCUUUGAGAAGGGUCAGUGAUUUCAUCAAGAGCCAGGGCAGCCUCAGUGCUAUCCAGUUGGCACAUGCGGGUCGUAAGGGAAGUACAUGUGCCCCUUGGAUUGCCGGAGAGCGAACUCAAGGAGGCAAGAGGAAGGUCAGUGUGAGGGCUGGAUUAGACGCCGGUGGAUGGCCGGAGAACGUGGUGGGCCCAAUGGGCGGUGAAGAGUGGACCUGGGACGAGAAGAAGCUAGACGAUGAAAGCGGCGGGUACUGCGCCCCUCGAGCUCUGAGCGAGGAAGAAGUCGGACAAUUAGUCCAAGACUGGGCCAGCGCAGCCAAACGAGCCGUCAACGCAGGAAUCGAUGUCAUCGAAAUCCACGGCGCGCACGGAUACCUCAUCCACCAAUUUCUGUCGCCCAUCACGAACCAGCGGACGGACAAGUACGGCGGGUCUUUCGACAACAGGGCCCGUGUUCUCGUCGAAAUCAUCCAAGCGAUCCGAGACGUCAUCCCUAAAACUAUGCCCUUGUACCUGCGCAUCAGCGCCACAGAGUGGAUGGAGGACACAGACCUAGGUAAGAAGCACGGCAGCUGGGACGUCGCGAGCUCGAUCCGCCUCUCCAAGGUGGUCGCACGUCUAGGCGUCGACCUGCUCGACGUAAGCAGUGGAGGAAACCACCCGCAGCAGAAACUCAACGCUUUCGACGCAAAGGACUACCAGACACGCAUUGCGUCGCAGAUCCGAAGGGAGCUCAGGAAGGAGGAUCUGAGCAUGUUUAUCGGCGCUGUGGGACUCAUCACCGAGGCCGAGCAGGCUAGGGGCAUUGUCGAGGAGGGUGCUUCGCGUCCUGCUCGCGCCGCGGCUGUCGAGAUGGAAAAGGAGGCCCAGGCUGCGGUGGGCAUGACGGAAGCGACUGAUGGGGAAGAUCCCAUGGCCGAUGUUAUUCUGGUGGCGAGGCAGUUUAUGCGCGAGCCCGAGUGGGUGUUGCGGGUUGCGUGGCAGUUGGAUGUGGAGGUUGCGUGGCCGAAUCAGUUCUUGAGGGUUAGGUUUCCGAAGUUGUGA